UGGAAAGCAGACACUGACCAGAUAUCCCUUGUUCACCAUAUCAUCAACAGUAACCUCAAAUGGUAAUUCUGGUACAACAUCUCAACAGAAUGCAACAUCUGAACUUGAAAGUGAUGAUGUCAAGCAACAAGCAAUGCCACAUGGAACCAUGCAGUGUCAGAUCAUACAUAUUGACAGAUUUUCUUCAUUUAAAUGGGAAAUCCCUGGUUUUCCUGUACCGAAACUUGAACUUGUCAGAGUGCUAUUCAAAAUUGGCACUGAAAUCUCAGAUGGUGUUAUCCAAAAAAAAGAGGCAGCUAAUAUUCAGAAAGGGAAUUUCAUUUGCACUUCUCAUUGUGGCAUAAGAGUACAUGACAAGAACUACACAGUGCUUUGGGAACUUCAACCCACAAAAAGAAGCCAGACAUCAGUCCCUAAUCACAAGUCAAAGAACACACAUGUACAUAGGUCUGAUGAUGGCUUGAACACAGAUGAGAGAGAUGAUUUAGGGGAAGUUGGUGCUAUCUGUUUGCCCUUUAAGGUCCUAGGAACAUGUUAUUCACAGUCUCGACAGGAAGCUCUUGAAAAGGCAUUUGAACACCUGUAUAACCACAACAGACCUGUGUUUGCAAAACUGCAGGCUGAGCCAGACAAUCCAUUGGACAAACAUGCUAUUACUGUUUAUGUGAUGUCAUCGGCCGUUUAUGAAAAAGUAGGAUACACAGAAACCGAAAUGACUCAGUUUGUGCAUCCUGUACUCAAAGAUCCAUCUUUUCUGGUGUCAGUGAAAAGAAUAUGGUUUUCUACUGUUUUCCUUAUGAUUGGGUUUUACGUUACCAUCAACAUCACAAAAUCAGGCCCCUGGGACAGGCAGAUGUAGCCGCAUGCUCUAAAGUAAAGCGAAAUUAUGGCUUGACUUUAUCACAUAAUUAAAAUAAUGUUCUAAACAACUCAAUAUUUGAAGAGUACAGGAAUUUCCCAAAAGUUAUUUUUUCAAAGUCAGCAUGAAUAGAGAUAAAACAUGUGGGCAUGUGUGGUCCACAUACAGUAAAGGAUUGAUUAAGCCGGGCUUAUUCCAGUAUUGGUGCUUAAUCGGU